AUGGCAGAAACUAAGACGGCCGACAGUUUGUCGCAAGUGCAGGAUGCCGUGGACCAGCUUGCGCAUCAGUUCCUGGCGUGCCUCUAUUUCCUCGAACGCCACCACAACCUCGAGAAGCUGGGACCGACGGACAUCAUCCAGGAGCAGCAGAAGACUGAGAGCCAGCCUCGGACGUUAACUGUCGAGGCAAUUCCCGCGGACGAGUUCCGGCAAGGCCAGGAAGAACUGGCGCGCGACCUUGUCUAUAAGGAGCAGCAGAUUGAAUACCUCAUCGGCAGUCUUCCAGGCCUCGAAAAUACAGAACAAGACCAAGAGAGGCUGAUCCGUGAGCUGGAGGAAGAACUAAAAGUGGCGGAGAUGCAGCGGAAAGAGGCGGUACGUGAGCGAGACGAAAUGCUGGCGAAAUUGGACGGCGUGAUCCGAAGUAUCAAGCGGCCAUAG